AUGUUGCGUAGUCUUGGAGCGGCCAUACUGGCAGCUGGACUCCUCGUGGCUCCGGCCAACGGGGCCGCAUCUCAGACAUACACGUGGAAGAAUGUCCGGACUGGAGCCGGAGGAGGUUUCGUACCAGGCAUUGUGUUCAACCCCUCUGCCAAAGGCGUGGCCUAUGCUCGUACGGAUAUCGGAGGAGCCUACCGUCUCAAUUCCGACGAUACAUGGACUCCCCUGCAGGACCAUGUGAAUAGCAGCAAUUGGAACAACUGGGGCGUCGAUGCCCUUGCCACCGAUCCAAUUGAUACAAACAGACUGUACCUCGCCGUUGGCAUGUACACUAUAGAUUGGGACCCCAACAAUGGGGCGAUCCUCCGCUCAACCGACAAAGGAGAUACCUGGGAGUCCACCGCCCUGCCCUUCAAAGUUGGCGGAAACAUGCCUGGCCGCGGUAUGGGUGAGAGACUGGCUGUGGACCCCAAUGACAACAAAAUUCUAUACUUUGGUGCUAGGAGCGGACAUGGACUCUGGAAGAGCACGGACUACGGCGUGACCUGGUCGAAUGUUACUUCCUUCACCUGGACCGGAACAUACGUGCAAGAUUCAAGCUCUGCAUACACUGCCGAUCCUGUCGGAAUCGCCUGGGUGACCUUCGAUUCCACGUCCGGCUCCAAAGGAUCGGCCACGCCUCGUAUCUUCGUUGGUACUGCUGACACCGGAAAGUCGGUGUUCAAAUCGGAAGAUGCUGGUAAAACGUGGGCCUGGGUGUCUGGGGAGCCAAUGUAUGGCUUUCUCCCUCACAAAGGAGUUCUUUCACCAGCUGAGAAGACUCUUUACAUCUCAUACUCCAAUGGCGCCGGUCCGUAUGAUGGCACCAACGGAACGGUUCACAAGUACAAUAUCUCGUCCGGAGUCUGGACCGACAUCAGCCCAACAUCCGUGGCGAGCACAUACUACGGCUAUGGUGGUCUCGCAGUUGACCUCCAAGUCCCUGGCACGAUCAUGGUCGCAGCACUGAACUGCUGGUGGCCGGAUGAGUUGAUCUGGCGAAGUGUUGAUUCCGGCGCAACCUGGUCUCCUAUCUGGGAUUGGAACGGGUAUCCCAACAUCAACUACUACUACGGGUACGACAUCACCAACGCCCCCUGGAUCCAAGACAGCACUUCCACGGACGAAUUCCCCGUCCGAGUGGGAUGGAUGGUCGAGGCCCUCGCGAUCGACCCGUUUGAUUCGAACCACUGGCUUUACGGCACGGGCGAAACCAUCUACGGCGGACACGACCUGCUCAAGUGGGACUCGGCACACAACGUCACGCUGAAGUCUCUUGCCGUUGGUGUCGAGGAGAUGGCGGUGCUUGGCCUCAUCACUCCUCCAGGAGGCCCGGCUCUCCUGUCUGCCGUCGGCGAUGUGGGAGGCUUCUACCAUACCGACCUCGACACGGCGCCGUCGCAAUCCUUCCACACGCCCAGUUACGGCACCACGAACGACAUCGACUACGCCGGCAACAAGCCAUCCAAUAUUGUGCGUUCUGGGUCGAGCGAUACUGAUCCGACGCUCGCCCUGUCCAACGACUUUGGUAAGACCUGGUCGGCAGACUAUGCCGCCUCGUCGAGCACAGGCACCGGAAAGGUUGCUCUCUCCGCGGACGGGGACACCAUCCUCCUCAUGUCCAGCACGCAGGGCGCCAUGCGAUCCCAGAACCAGGGGACGCUGAGUGCUGUCUCGAGUCUCCCAUCGGGGGCCGCCAUCGCAUCCGACAAGGCCAACAACACCGUCUUUUACGGCGGCUCGGCGGGCAGUUUCUACGUGUCCACCAACACCGGUGCAUCGUUCAAGAAAACCGUCAGUCUCGGGUCUAGUUCGUCAGUCAACGCCAUUCGCGCUCAGCCUUCCGUCGCUGGGGAUGUGUGGGCGUCCACCGACAAAGGCCUCUGGCAUUCCACGGACUACGGCAGCAGCUUCACCCAAGUCGGUAGUGGAUGCACCGCGGGUUGGAGCUUUGGCUUUGGAAAGGCGUCCUCUACGGGCUCAUACCCGGUAAUCUAUGGCUUCUUUACAGUCGAUGGAGUCACCGCGCUGUUCAAGACGGAAGACAAGGGUGCAAACUGGCAGAUGAUCUCGGACGCCGAGUAUGGCUUUGGUUCGGCGACGUCGAACAUUGUCAAUGGCGACUUGUCGAAUUAUGGACGGGUCUUUGUUGGGACGAAUGGACGGGGUAUUUUCUAUGGUGUGCCGAGUGGAAGUCUUCCAACUACUACGACCACUGCACAUACGACUUCGACGACCAAGUCGAGUACGUCGAGUACGUCGACGACGUUGACGACCACAACCAAGACAUCGUCGACUUCCACUACAAAGUCUUCUACGACGACAACCUCCAAGACCACAACUACAACUACUAAGACAACCUCGACUACAUCGUCCGCGACAUCGACAGGCACCAGCACGCCGUACGGACAAUGUGGUGGUAUCGGAUACACGGGUCCGACAGCGUGUCCGACGGGAUGGAAAUGCACCUACGCGAACGACUACUAUUCCCAGUGCAUUCAAUGA